CAGGGGGGUCCGGCCAUGGAGGGGGGCGCCAGCCAGGGGGGCCCGGCGGAGGCCGCCGCCCCCAACCCCUUCGUCCACGAGCUGCGCCUGAGCCGCCUGCAGAAAGUCAAGUUCUACGUGCUGGGGGCGGUGCUGGCCCCGAUCCGUGUCGCACUGGCCUUUGUCGUUCUGUUCCUCAUUUGGCCCUUCGCCCUCCUCCAGGUGGUGGGGCUCCCAGAGGAGACGCUGCAGGAACCCUUCUCUGGAUGGAGAAACACUGUUUCCCAUGGUUCUGUAUACCUGCUGAGUCGCCUGAUGUUCUUCUUACUGGGGUUCAUGCGGAUACGGGUGCGGGGUCAAAUGGCGUCGCGGCUUGAGGCGCCUAUCCUGGUGGCUGCUCCGCACUCGACUUUCUUUGACCCCAUCAUUCUGCUGCCCUGUGACCUUCCCAAGGUGGUCUCUCGCACGGAGAACCUCCACGUGCCAGUCAUCGGAGCCCUGCUGAGGUUCAACCAGGCCAUCCUGGUCUCCCGACACGACCCAGCCUCUCGCAAAAAGGUGGUGGAGGAAGUGAAAAGACGAGCGACUUCCCAGGGGAAAUGGCCACAGGUCCUGUUUUUCCCAGAGGGAACCUGCUCAAACAAGAAGGCCUUACUGAAGUUCAAACCAGGUGCCUUUAUAUCUGGCGUCCCCAUCCAGCCGGUCCUGAUCAGAUAUCCCAACAGUGUGGAUUCAACCACUUGGGCAUGGAGAGGACCUGGGGUAUUAAAGGUCAUCUGGCUAACAGCGUCCCAGCUCUGCACUACUGUGGAAGUGGAGUUCCUCCCAGUUUAUCAACCCAGCGCUGAAGAGGCGGUGAACCCUACACUAUACGCUAACAACGUCCAGAAAGUCAUGGCCCGGGCCUUGGGGAUUCCCGCCACGGAUUGUGAGUUUGUGGGCAACCUUCCAGUCACCGUCGUGGGACGCCUGAGGGUGGCGCUGGAGCCACGCAUCUGGGAACUGGGCAAGGUGCUUCGCAAGGCCAGGUGCCUGCCAGGGGGAGUCAAGUGCCAGCUGGAGCCCUGUCCUGUUCCAGCAUCGGGGCAGCUAGGGCCGACAGAGCUGGCUCGUUGUUUGGGGCUGGCCUGCCCCGAGAAUGUGGAGGGGCUCUUGAACUACUUCCAACAGGACUCUGAUGGGAAGACAGACGCCCGGGAAGUAUCCUUGGCCUUGGAAAUGUUAGAAGGAGAGUGCAACCCCCAGCGACUGACAUGCCGUGCCUUUGAGCUGUUCUCAGAGACGCACACUGAGACGGAGGACCGCCAACUGCACCAGGAUGGGUUCUGCGCCAUUUUGCGUCUAUUGCUGGGCACGCCCAGAGUGGACGGGGCGGAACUCUAUAGCCGGCUCUGCGGGGACCACAGCCAGGACGGACUCACCCUUGAUGAGUUCCAGGAUUUCUCUCUCCGUCACCCUGACUAUGCCCGCCUGUUCAGCACGUAUUUACGCCUCCCUGCGGCCUGCACUCCGACCAAGCCUGGCCCCCCACCCGCCUACGCUAAUGGCACCCCUGCAGCAGCCUCUCCCAAAAGCAAGGCAGACUGAAAAACCCGCCCAAACCUCUUUAGCCAUGUGUAUACAAGACAAAGACAAAAACCCCACACACAGCCAUGCCACACCCUUGGCCACGCAGACCCCUCCCCCACUCGCUUGCUAGCUCCGUGCCGCCAUGGUGGUUGGGCAGGGGGAGGGGGCGGAGACACCGCCAUCUCAGGGCAACCGUAACCGGGGAACCACAGCCGCAAAUUCUUUGGGGAUUGGGGCUUCUCUCCGUUUAUUUUAAAAGGUUUUUUUUUUAUUUUUGUUAUGUUUAAUUAUAUCAUUUUAUUUUAUUUCACGUUCGUUUGUUGAUGUCCUUUUUUUUUCCUGUUUUCAUGAGGGGAAAGGAAGGAUGGAAGGAUGAUGAUCUUGUUGCUUUUUGUUCCGUUUUCUGUUUUGUAAAAUAUAAAGAAGUGCUAUUUUAUAUAUAAAAUAAAUAUCUAUAUCUCUAUAAUAAAA